AUUCAGGCUUGCACAACUCUGUUAUAAACAAUAUAUCAUCUCUGUGUGCUACCAUUUGGCUUUUUUGCACACCAGGUGGCAGAACCCUGGUUUUGGGACAACAUAAGGACAUUGCCACGCAACUCCUAAAGCUGCAAGAAGGGCAGACAGUUGGCGCUGGGGAGCUGGGAAGGAAACUGACAGAUCUAAGUGAUGUGAGGGCACCCACCUCAUUCAGCAGCGGACCUACAUUUUCCCUAAUCUUCCUUUUGCUGCUGAUGUACCUGAAGAAGCCCUUGAACAACUAGGACAUCAAGAAGGGCUCCUCAGGAACAAGCUGCUUCUGUUUGAAACUUCCCAGAAGGGUGCGACCUGCACCCCUCAGCAUUUUCAGGGAUCAGAGGUAAGGACAGCAGUCGCCUUCCUUAGCAUAUGGGCUGUUCUGAUAGCCAAUACAAUCGUAGUUUCAUUCAGCAGGAAAGAGGUCAUUAUUAGUAAUAGCUGUGAACAUUUCUUAAGAAGAAACUUGUUCAGAUAAUAUUCUUAAUGUAAUGCAUGCUCAGGAUAGCCUCUAAAAGGGCCUUCUGCUCUUCCCACGCAGGCCUCAUCCACUACAAGAAUGUUCUGAGCUCAUUGCUGGAGCUUUCUAUGCAAUUCAGUUAUUGUUAUUCCAAAAUAACUACCAGAGAGUGUAGAAAAUGUCACAUAGUGUUCAAAUGUGUCCAUCUUCCAGGAAAGAAGAAACUAAUUUAUAUUACAACAUGGCUCACUAUUGCUCUGUAGAAAGAGAUGCUCACCCUUGCAGGAAUAAGAAGAAGACCAAAUUAUUUCCAGAACUGCUCACUAUCACGAAUUUUAUUGGUUUAUACUGACGUAAAUUCCCAAAGUAUUCACUUUCAGGGUAACUGCAAGACAUAUUUCCUCCCCAGAUUGUAAAGAAGUACUCUGAGGACAGCUUUUAUUGCAUGCAGUAUGUUUUGGAAUGGUUUGUUUUCCUUCUACUUUUUAUUAUGGAAGCUGCUGUUGUUUAGCAACAGCCCUACUGAAUUCCUCACCCUGGGGGCUGGUGGGAGAAACAUAAACUUAACCAGACAUUCUCCAACUCUCUGGUUCUACUACAAUGCUCAGAAAUGACCAAAAGAGGUGGUCUACAGCAGCAAGAGUAACAAAACAACAACAAAACCACAAAAAAAACCCAAAACAAACCAAAAACCAAAAGAUAAAUUAAUCACUCUAGGUAGUCUUGAAAAGUGUAAGGCAGCAUCCUUAAUAACAUGGUACAAGACCUCUCACUGGAAAAGAUAGGUGCUCUGUAGGAGCUGCAGCUCAGAACAGGAAUGACAGUGAAGCAUCUUUUGUCGGAGUUUGGGAGUAUCAGUAAGAUUUAGCUUUCAUUCGCUCCAGGCUCAAAAGUCCAGCUUGUGACUGGCAGACAGAAGCCAUCUAGACUGGGAGAUGAGGCACUUCAUAGAGAUGAUGAGGGGAGGGAAGGGCAUGAGAUCUUGCUGGCCAGGUACCACUUUAUUAACAAAAUAGUGGGGAGACGGGGAAAUUUCCUUGCACUUUUUCUGAUGAGACUGGCAAAUGGGCUCAGCAAGUGAGGUAAAAGUCUUCUUUAAAGCCCUCUGCCCAUCUUCCCCAGAUCAUAGAAUCAUAGAAUAAUUUUGGUUGGAAGAGAUCCUUAAGAUCAUCGAGUCAAAUCAUAACCUACAUCUAGCAUGAAACCAUAUCCAUGCAAACCUCAUCUAAAUGCCUUUUAAACACCUCCAGGGAUGGUGACUCCAGCACUGCCCUGGGCAGCCUGUUCCAAUGCCCCACAGCCCUUUCCAGGAAGAAAUUUUUCCUCAUAUAUAACACAAUCUGAACCUUCCGUGGUGCAACUUGAGGCCGUUUUCUUUCAUCCCAUCACUUACUACUUGGGAGCCGAGCCCGACCCCCCCUGGCUCCAAGCUCCUUUCAGGCAGUUCAGAGAUCAGAAGGUCUCCCCUCAGCUCCUGUUCUCCAGCUGAACCCCCCAGGUCCCUCAGCCGCUCCCAUCACACUUGUGCUCCAGCCCCUCACCAGCUCCGUUCCCUUCACUGAACUCCCUCCACACCUCAAUGUCUUUCCUAUAGCGAGGGGCCCAAAACUGAACACAAGUGUGUUACAAAACAAUUAAAGUAAACCAAUCAUGUAAUUCAGGCUGUUGGCUGAAUAAUUUGGGCGCCCAGGAGGUUUUCUAGAAUGGUGAUAUAAAUAAAAAUGCAAACUAUUAAUGUGGUUUGACACAUCACUUUGAAAUCCCUCAGGUAUUUUGUGAUGAAAGUGUCAACUCUUUUACACAUUUUAUGUAACAGAAUUUGUAAAAAAAAAAAGGUUACUACAGCAAUGAAUUGUCAUAUUUGUACGGUGUGUUGAUCCUAGAAGUACCAGGAGUAAGUUUUAAAGCUUACCUUAGAAGGACAGGGUUUGGUCUCGGUCUCCCCCCUCUGAAACUAUCAGGUUACUUCCACUGGUUGCACUUGCUGCCGCCCUGGCAAAGGGGACCCUUGACAGGCAGAUUCUUGGUUUUCCUCGUGGGAUCCUUCUGUCCCUCACAUUCAGCCGUCACUGCUCCGUCCACUGGUCUGAUUCCAACAGGACAGGCACUGGCUGCAUUUUGUAAGGGUCCUGAUCUUCUCUGUGUAUGAGGAGUAUUUUGAAAAUGUGACAAAUAUGACUUUGAUUUAUCACGGGAGUUUGUGCCAAGCCAGUAUCUGUUUUUGACAGGGUAAAUAGUUGCCUGGAAAAGCAAGGUGCAAUGUCUCUCAUCUCUCUGGAACUCAUCAAAGAUUUGGUGCAGGGCAACAGAAAAAACUAUUUCUUCUGUUUAAAGUGGACAUUUUUACAAAUGCUAUAAGUGAUGGAUACGGGGAGGGGUGAGGAACUGAGUAAAUCAAAUUAACGAAUACCAGUGUUCAAAGGGGUUCUGUGUAGCCAGCCACAGGUGAUUAGUGAACUCCCUUGAGGAUCAAGUGUGGGACUGUUCACUUCUAGUUUCAGCACUAGAAGAGGACCUCACCCAGAACAGUGUGUAGUAGCUUCACCAGGCAAGAUGGGAAGAGAUGUUAACACAAGAGGAAAUGGAUAUGAAAGCUGCUUGUAGUUCUCUCUAAAGAGUGAGAAUAUUGCUUUUUUAAAAGGAAUAAUAGUGCAGAAGAUCUAACUGCUUUCACAAUGUAGUAAAAAAAGAAAGAAGAUGAAAUUCCAGCAGGUCUCUUCCAGUCUUCCUUUUCUUUCAACAAUAAAUGAUCCCUAAUUUCAUUCUAAUAAUAAUGUACCUUCCAGUACAACUUACAACUGAAACUAGUCUGUGUUUCUUGAAGGAAUGUUCGAGCACUGCCGGAUGUAAAAUUCACACCAUAGGAUAUGCUCAAUAGCAGGUGAGGAGCGAGUGCGUUUCCACCUGUAAACAUCAGAACCAAGCAGUUGCUCUUCGGCAUCUUCCACACCCUGUGGUGCCACACGUGCGGUCUGUUGCUUUCAGAUUUCCAUCUAAUUCUGACAUUGUGGGAUUAUGGAAGUUAAACCAGGGACUGUAGGUUUCUCAUAAACAAUUAAAAAAAAAAAAAAAGCAGUGGAGAUUAAAGGGAAAAGCUCCCAUUUGUUUUACCAUGAAUUGACUUUAGAUUGACUGUGCUUUCAUAGAAAAGGGAGGCUUAAACUCACUAGUUGUUUUCCUAAUGGUGGAAAAUUUGGCACUUUGGAGGGUUUUUUUACAAAGACAACCCAUGACACCCAAUGGUGGGCCGGGGCUGAGCCCCAGCGUGGAGGAGAAUGCUGGGCCGGCUGCCCGGGGACUCAGGCCGACAUUGACUCCGCGUAUUCCCACAACGCUGGAGGCUUGUGGUUCAUCAAUCAGUUAGAAAAGUUGUUGGGUUUGGUACGAUGGAUGAGGUUGAGCAGGGUGGCCAGGAGCACUGCAGGAAGGGCAGAGCAGAGGGACAAGCGCCGGCUGAGCACCUGCCACAGGAGCUGGCAGCGGGUGCGAGGGAUAGAGGGAACUAACGAACUAAUACUUUAAGGGUUAACCACAUAAUGAGUGCCUAGUUUAGAGCUUUAUGUAACCAAUUAUGAUAAGAAAAAACAGAGCCUCGUUGAAUGCAAAGAUAAGAAGUCUUGCAGAACCCAGCUGUAUCCUUGAGGAGACGAGAUAACGAAGAUUUUCAGCAAAAGGGGGGACACCAAUCUGGUUUCAACUGACUUGGCAGUUUGGGUUCCAGCUAAUUCAGCAUAAUGAGCCAAAGGUAAAAAGUUCAUUGUGACGAAGCUGAAGGAGCUUCAUCCAAAGACCCCAAAGACCCUUCUCAGGAGCCCCAGGUGGCACCGGGCAGGCGCAGCAGAGGGCCAGGGAGGAGACUAUGGAAAUGAUUUUAAUGAAACCACCUUCUCGGGGAAAGGUUAUGAAUAUGUAUAGGCGUUCCUGGGGUUACUAUGAAUAUGUACCACCGUACUGUCUUUAAACGCACCUCUUAUUGUUAGAAGGUGCGCAUGAAUGGUGGAAAUAAACACAGUUGCUUCAUAAGCUUGCCGGUUGUAAAGUUUCAAGUUUCAUGAAUGUAAAGGUUGCCAAGUUGUUUCCGCGCGUCACGAGCAGCGGCGGAGCGGCGGGGCGGGCCCGGGCUCGGGAGCCGCCUCGCUGUCCCGGCCGCACGGGUGCAGCCGCCGCCCGCCCGGGGGUCCCGCUCGUGGGAGCGGCCUCCGCCGCCCGCGGCGCUGGGAACCGGAGCGCCCGGGAGCAGCGGGCUGGACGCGGUUCAACGGGGCAGUGCGGGGCGGGCCGGCGGGGCAGCCUGUGCCCUCCCCGGGGCCGCACUCCCCGCCCCGCUGCGGGCGGGGCGCCGGGCUGCCCAUGGCAACGGGGCCUCGCGUCCCGCCGGCCGGGCCCCGAGCAGCGCCCGCGGGGCUGCCAUGGCGGUGGGCGCCGGCAGAGUGUCCAGCCAGCCGGCGGCUGAGGGCGGAGAGGCGGCGAGGGCGGGCGGCUGCGGCCCCUACCCCGGGCAGGGCCUGUCUCGGGGGCCGGAGCCCCGCGAGAGAUACGUGGGACAGCUGUUUAUGGGUCACCGCCAUGGGAAGGGAAGUUGCUACUGGCCAGAUGGUUCAAAAUUCACAGGAGGUCUUUAUCUUGGCCAUGUAGAAGGCUAUGGGACCCUGGAAUGGAACGAUGGCAGAAAAUUUCAGGGGCUGUACAAAUCCGAUGAGCGAUUUGGACCGGGGAUUGAGAGCUAUCCCGAUGGCUGUCAGGACGUUGGCUUGUGGCUCAGGGAUCAUUUAAUUAAACUAUGUACUGAAGUACCUGGUCAUUUUUCUCUCUUGGAUUAUCCAGCACACCACAGAUACAUUGAUGACAAUUCUGAAAAGAAGCAUAUUUCAGUUGAGGAAGACCUGUUUCUCCGUAGCUAUAAACAUCUCCCUUUUGAUGAUAAGGAUAUUUUUCCUGAAGGAGUCUUUGCAUAUUCUCGUAACACAGAUCAUCUCACUUUGACUCACUCCUUCUUGGAAGAGUGUGAUGCUCGAUAUUUUCGGAACACCCCAAAGCUGCCUGAGGAAGACCCUUGGCCUGUUGCAAAUGUGACCCCUCUACUGGUUAGGAUGCAAGUGCAUGUUUAUAAGCACAGGUGCUGUCAAGUGGAGUUCACUUCAAAUGUCAACCUCAUUCUCAGUGGGGUCCGCGGUACUUACGGGCCUCCAGGCCCCAAGGAACUCGCCUCAGAGCAACUAAUUAAGAAGGCGGCAAGAGGAGACUAUGAAGGGGUCUGUGCGAUUCUGAGGAACGGGCUUGUUCACCCAGACAUCGCUGACAAACACGGAUACACAGCACUUGCUGCUGCUGCUGUUCACUGCCACAAUGACAUUGUCAAUCUUCUUCUUGAUAGUGGAGCUGAUGUGAAUAAGUGCAGUGAUGAAGGAUUAUCUGCUCUCUCCAUGUGCUUUAUUCUUUUUUAUCCAGAAGAGUCUUUUAAGGGUAAUAUCGCUGAGAGGAACUUGCACAGCUACAAGCGGAAGGAACAAUCAGAAUCCUCUGAAACAGUCAGUGUGGCUGAAGGCACGAUCUCAGAAUGACAGAAGAGAUGGGAAACAAUCCAACUGCUGCUUCGCCGAGGUGCAGAUCCCAACGCGUCCUGGGUCCCACCACACCUUCUGUUCUUUGCUGUUAAAGCUGCAGAUGCAGAAGCAGUGAAACUCCUCUUGGAAAGGGGAGCCAGGAGUGAUGUGCGGCUGCCAUCCAAGUUAGGGGGGUUAACUCCUCUCCACAUAGCCGCCUCAAUUCCUGGGCAGGAAGGGGUCCAGAUAACACAGCACCUCCUGCAUUCUGCCCCGGAUCCUAAUGCGAGGGCAGAAGAUGGAAAUGAGAUAUACGGCCCAGACAAGCCUCAAGCCAGAGAAGCCAACUUGACAGGUGGUGUCACUUUGCAACUGAAAAAUGAAGCAGGACCACCACGGGAGUACUUUUCCUCCUAUAGUGGUCCUGUCCCUGAAGAAGGUGGAAGGAGUGCAUUGCACAUUGCUUGUGAAAGAGAGGACAACAGUGAGCAUGCCAGAGAUGUCAUCCACCUCCUUUUAAUGCAUCAGGCAAAUCCAAACACCUUAUGGAGUGGCCAUUCACCACUUUCCUUAGCAAUUGCCAGUGGGAAUGACUUGGCGGUGGUCGAGCUCCUCGAACACGGGGCUGACCCCAACCUGCCGUUGAGCAGAGCGGUGGGAAGUGCCCUGUGUGCGGCCGUGAGCACAGCGUACGAACAGCAGAGAACAGCAGCGCAGAGGAUCGCCUUGGUUGAUAAACUGCUUGAAGCUGGCGCCAAUAUCCUUGCACCGGUUCCUCUUCGGGAAGGACAGACCAAAGCUGUGGGAACAGCUGUUGACUAUGCCUAUUUUAAAUAUUAUCAGGAUACGAGAAUUGCUCACACACCGUACCACGUACUGUCAGCAUCUGAGCAGGAGGUUCUUCAAACACGCCGAUCGCUGCUGGAACACAUUACAGUGAAGCUCCGUGAGUGUGUCAUCCUGAAAGAGAAAGAGUGGGAUCAAGAAAAGUUGAGAAGAUCCAAGAAAUUGGAUUCAGCUGUUCACACACGUGUUUCAAAGAAGAAAGGAGGCAGCCUUUGUGUGGAAGAAGUGAGACUACCAUUCUUCAAGUACUGCUACCAGUGUGGCCGCUCGGUCGGUGUUCAGCUGUUGCCGUGCACGCGUUGUCACGAAGUCUUCACCUGCAGUGAGACCUGCAGAAGGAACGCCUGGAGCCAGCGGCACAGGCAGGAGUGCUCGGGGUCGCUGGAGCAGCGUACAAGUCAAGCAGCUCCGGAAGCGAGCAGGGCAGGAUUGAAAAAGAAUGUCACUGGCAAAAAGGGGGAAAAGGGAAGAGAAGGAAAAGAGGACAGAAGAGGUGGAACAAAGAGUAAAGCUGGGACUGGAGGAAGAGAGCGGCACAGGAAGAACAACUGACUUGUUUCAUGUUGCUCCUGCUGUUGUGAGGACAGGUUUUAAUACCGCUGCACUUUGUGUGUUGUACUCCACUUCUGCUGAAGUUAAGUGAUCUGAUGUGUUUUGAGAAACUAAACCCAAAGCAUCUCCCUAAGAUACCAUGUGGCUCGAGGAUGAUAAUGCCAUCAAAAAGUAGUGUGUGUUACGUAUUUAAGUAAAUGUCUUCAAUUAGAAGUACAGUGAACCUCAGAUUGAUUUUAAUUGUAUAAUGCUACAUAUAUGUUUUAAAAAGCAAUAUUGCCCAUUAUUAAACUUCAUUACGACUAUUCCCUCCUGUGGGAAACACAGGGCCUGUUUGGCAACUGGACUUGCUCUCUAGGGAGUUAUUUUGCUUCAUGGGGGGCUCAGAUCUGGGAUCCUGGGGAGAGUUUGCUGAGGACUGUUCAACCCUUAGACUGUUACCCCUUGAUUUAGCCCACAUGGGCACUGACAAUCCUGCCAGGAAAGUCUCCGAGCAUAUAAAAUGUGACCAUGUGGCUCUGGGGGUGAGAGUCAAGGUCAAGGGGGCCCAGAUGGUUUUCUCCUUGAUCCAAGUGGAAAGGCUUAAGGAGGAGUGGCUGGGUCUUGAAGUUCAGCACCUUGUUGUGCAGCUGUGUCACUGACCAUGGUUUGACUUUAAAACCGCAGGACCACACAGGGGGUCAAGGACCGGUGGGGAGGGGUGGAAUCCAUCUGACAAAGUCACCAGCUGGCCAGCUUGAGGAGACUAAGAAUAAUAGGAGGGAAAUGAUGGCCCACAUUCACGUGAGAAAGUGGUGGACUGGCCUGGUAAGCAAAGGUGUAGAUUGAUGCGGUUGAGAGUCCUCCAGGUGAACAGAGCGAGCGGAAUGGGGCCCACCUGUCAGCAACGUGCUGAGAGGACACCAGGGGUAGCUCGUCUUGAGAAACCAGCGCGACUGUUACACCCCGUGGAACCCCCGCCCACAGCAAAAGCCACACGCUCCCCCAGCGGGACGGGGCAGGAUCGGGAAACUAAAGGCAACCUGGGCUGAGGUAAGAACAGUUCAAUGGAACAGCGGAAAAAGAAACAAAGCAAACCAAACCAAACCCACCAAACAAAAAACCCCACCACAGUAACAACAACAAUGAUGAAAGAAUAGACAAAGCAAUGGAUAUACAGCACAACCUCUUGAAGAGAAGCUGCCAAAUUCAUGUAUACUAUGAUUAAAAAACGUACCCAUCAUUAACCAAUUGAUACGAGAUCAAUGCUUUCUGACCACC